AUUAGAAUUUAAUUUUUGCCGACUUUUAUAAAUAGAUUGUGUAACAAUUACAUCAAGAAUGUAUAUUACUACAUUUCUAAGUGUAAAACCGGUUAGACUACUUCAACUUGACCAAGUAACUGCGUAUUUAUCAUCAGUUAAAAAUCAGUGAUUUCUCGGCAUCAUUUGAGGUACAAAGUAGUAAAUAAUUUUGCAAUAUGUACAAAAAUUUUAGAAGAGAUAUUAGAUGGAAUAUCAGCCGGACAUUAAAUUCUUUGGCUGCUUACAUAGAACCCGAAUUGGCAGCGAUAGCACAAGCUGGUACAUGGAAAAGCGAACACAUAAUUGCUUCACCUCAAGGAACAAGGAUCACUUUAUCAAAUGGGAAGAAGAUGCUAAAUUUUUGCGCGAACGAUUAUCUGGGUCUUGCGAAUAACAAGGAUAUUAUUAAUGCGGGGAAAAUUGCCUUGGAUAAAUACGGCGCCGGUUUAAGCUCUGUAAGAUCUAUAUGUGGAACGCAGGAAAUACAUGUUGAAUUAGAAGAGAAGAUUGCUAGAUUCCAUGGGAAAGAAGAUACGAUACUUUACACAUCCUGUUUCGCCGCGAAUGCCGGUAUUUUUAAUACUCUAUUAACUGCUGAUGAUGCUGUAAUAAGUGAUGAAUUAAAUCAUGCAUCUAUUAUUGAUGGAGUGCGAUUGUGCAAAGCGAAGAAAUACAGAUACAAGCACAGAGAUAUGAUGGAUUUGGAAAGUAAGCUUCAAGAAAGCAAAUCGGCACGUUUACGCCUUAUAGCAACUGAUGGAGUAUUCUCCAUGGAUGGUACCGUUGCACCAUUGCCGAAAAUAAUCGAACUUGCCCAAAAGUACAAUGCUAUUACGUUUAUGGAUGAUUGUCAUGCUACUGGAUUCUUUGGCAAAACUGGCAGAGGUACAGAAGACUAUUUUGGCUGUCUGGGAAGUAUCGAUAUCAUCAAUUCUACAUUAGGAAAAGCUCUUGGAGGAGCAAAAGGUGGUUAUACAACUAGUAAAAAAGAAAUUGUCAGUUUGUUAAGACAAAAAAGUAGACCAUAUUUGUUUUCGAACUCAAUGCCUCCAGUUGCAAUUGCAAUAGGAAGUAAGGCAAUGGACCUUAUAGCAGAUAGUACAAGAUUUUCGGACUGUUUAAUAAUCAAUACAGAACAUUUUAGAAAUGCAAUGAUCAAAGCUGGCUUUGUUAUCAUCGGUGAUAAUCAUCCUAUUUGUCCUAUUAUGUUAGGUGAUGCAAAAUUAGCAACAACAUUUGCAGAUAAAAUGAUGGAAAAAGGAAUUUACGUUAUUGCAUUCAGCUAUCCUGUAGUACCAAAAGACGAAGCGAGAAUACGUGUUCAAAUUAGCGCAGCACAUUCGAUCGAAGAUAUAAACCAUGCUGUGAACGCUUUCAUAGAAAUUGGAAAAGAACUUGCAGUGAUUUAAUAAAUAUGUUUUUGACGAUAUAUAAU